UCAAUACUGUCAAAAUCCCCAGCCUUUUCUGUCCAAAAUUCGAGCAUAGAAAUUUCUAGGAUGGCUCUCGUCCAGAGUGACGAAAACGACUUCAAUGCCCUUCGGGAGGCGCAAAGGAUGGUGGACUCGUGCCAGGACUUUGCGGACCACUUGAUCGUGGCCGAAUUCCUGCCCCAUUGUCACGGGGUAGCCUACAUCAAUAUUCGCACCCUGGAGCAGGUCAUCUAUUGUGUGCAACUCAGUAGCGUCGGCUAUAGGAUCGUGUCCUAUAACUUUGACGAUGUGGCCGAUGAGGUGGCCAAUUGUGACACCGUCUAUGCGUCCGCCCAUCAAUUGCUGUCAGGGAUUAGUCCGCUGUAUGGGGAGAAAUAUGGCUUUGGACGAGAGCCACUGCGGAAGCGAAAGGAGUAGUAGUCCCAAAAGUGGGCGUGGCAUGUGAAGAAUUUGUAUACUAAUUGCUAAUUGCCGCCCCAAAAAGUGAUAAUUAAGCGCUUUGCAGGUAAAUGACUUGAUUGCAAUAAUAAAGCCUGAAGCUGCGAGUUGGA